AUGCCAGCCCAGCAAGUCCACAACCGUCGCGCCCCGCAAAGUGCGAGGAAGGGCAAGCUGGGCGGGCGCAAGCCGGAUCUGGUCAUGGACGGCGGCGAGGACCCGUCACAGUGGCUCGGCUUCUCUCUCCCACCCCGCGGGCCCACCACAGGCCUUGUAGGCCCCCCAAGGCGUUCUCGCCGCGGAGACGCGUGGAAGGGCAGCGCGCUCACGCGCGAGAAGUUUGUCAACGCCAGCUUCCGCUUCAUGCUCAAGCCCACCGACGUCGUGGGGUACGGCGCUCACUUUGCCGACCCCGAUAUCAGCCUGCACUGGCCCAACAUCCUGCAGGUGCUCGUCCCGACCUUCUCGGCGUACUCUGUCGCGCAGGGUUUUGUAGAUACCGACACGGAUGACGACGCGGCCGGCGAGGAGGCGGCUGAGCGUCGUCGCCGGAUUGAAGAGGAGCGGCAGGGUCGCUCUUGCCCGAUCUGCCUCAGUAAGCCCGUCGCAGGCCGGAUGACCAAGUGCGGACACAUCUUCUGCCUGCCGUGCAUCCUGCACUUUAUCGCGUUAUCAGAGGUGCCAAAGGCCGCAAGCUGUCCAAUCUGUGGCGACACGAUCCAUGAGGGCAUGCUCAAGAGCGUGCGGUAUCUCGAUGCCGCGACGAUGGUGUCGGCGGCGCAGGGCGACAGUAGAAGUGCACCAUCGGCGGAGAUCGCGACGAUGAUGUCUGAGGCGCGUGCGAUAGACGAGUCGGAGGCGGCUGCAGCUGCGAACGGCGAUGAGACUGCGUCCCAUUCUUCGCUCGGUAAGAGGGCCCAUCGAAUUCAUAUGCGCCUGCUCCACCGGCCCCAGAUGACGACGCUCGCGCUCCCAUCUACGGCGACGUGGCCGUCCGACGCGAUCCCGCCGAUCAGCGCGCCAUGGUACUUUCUCCCGGAUGUCCUCACGUACUCGCGCUUCGCUCUCGCCUCACCCGAGUACAUGCUCAAGGAGUUGCAGCGUGAGCUCGCUGAGCUGAAGCGCGAAUGGGAUCUUCUCGCUGGUGACGAGCUAGGGCGCGCGUUUGUCAAGGGAGCGCGCGACAAGGUCGAGAGACAAGUGGGCAAGGUCGAGAUCGAGCUCAUGACCGACGCCGUUCGCAAGCAUGAGACCCAGGCGCGGCGCGCAUGGAGUGAGGCUGUUGGUGGCGAGCGGCGAGAGCAGGAGCGGCAACGUGAACGCGGACGCCGGGCCGCUGAACUCGUCGAGAAGGAGAAGCAAGACGACCACGAUCUCAACGUUCCGCUUGAGUUCCUGGCUGCGUCGGCAGCGGCGACGUACGGGAACGUCGAGACCGUACGUGUGCCCCCGAAUGUGGUUGUGGAACCAAACCCCAUGCCCAACCUCGACGCCGGGACGAAGAGUCAGCGACGCAAGAGCCGGGGCGGCGCGGCGCUGCUCACAUCACCUGCUCCAGCUGCCGCACCAGCAGCGUGCUUCUAUCAGUCGUCGCUUGGCGCCCACGUGUACCUUAGUGCGCUCGACAUGCGUAUCCUCCUCACCCACUUCGUCUCGUACGACAACCUCCCGCCCACACUCUCCUUCCCAACGACCGGCUACGACUCUGGGACCGUCACCGAAGAACUCAGAAAGAGGACAAAGUACCUCUCGCACCUACCGGUCGGAACAGAGGUCGUGUUCGUGGAGGCAAACCUCGUGGGCAUUGUGCCAGCCGAUGUGCUCGCCAAGUUUGAGCAGCCCCUCAAGACGCGGCGGGACAAGCGGCGCGCGCGCUGCCGUCGUGAGGACCGGGACAAGAAGCGCUGGGAAGAGGCUGAGCGCGCCAAGCGACCGCCCGAAGUCCACGUCGUGCACUCUGCGCUGGCGCCUCUCGCAGACGCCGAACUGGCGAUGGCACUCGAGCGCUCACGUCUCGACGCCGAGAACGCUGAGCACUUCCCGUCUAUGGACGCGGGGAGCCCGCCUCGCCCUACGUACGCGCCAGCCCCGCCAUCGCCGGUGAGCUCGUUCGCGAGCGCCCUCCGUGGCCCAUCCACUGCGCGCGUGUGGGGCCGGCCGCAGGAGGACAUUGACGGUGCUGGCGUUGACGCCGCGUGGGCCGGUUUCCAGGGCGAAGGGGAGCCUGAGCCCGAGGCUGCGGCUGCGGCUGAAGGGCGGAAGAAGAAGGGCAACAAAAAGGGCAAGAAGCUCGUGUUUGGCGGCGCAGGGCGGCAGGCAUAG